CCAUUAAAGCCAAAGCUCGAACUCGACACCUUCGAUCGAUCCACCCCGAGCAGUACCCUCUCCGAUCUACCCUCGCCGUUCCGGUAAGCAAACGAGAGAGGACCGAAGAUGUCGUGGCAGACGUACGUCGACGAGCACCUGAUGUGCGAGAUCGAGGGCCACCACCUCUCCUCCGCCGCCAUCCUCGGCCACGACGGCACCGUCUGGGCCCAGAGCACUGCCUUCCCCCAGUUCAAGCCUGAGGAGAUAACCGGCAUCAUGAAGGACUUCGACGAGCCGGGGCACCUCGCCCCCACCGGAAUGUUCGUCGCAGGUGCCAAGUACAUGGUCAUCCAGGGUGAGCCCGGCGCGGUCAUCCGUGGCAAGAAGGGAGCAGGAGGCAUAACCAUCAAGAAGACCGGGCAGGCGCUGGUCGUCGGCAUCUACGACGAGCCCAUGACCCCUGGCCAGUGCAACAUGGUGGUGGAGAGGCUUGGUGACUACCUCGUUGAACAAGGCAUGUAGUCAGCAGGCCCAUCAAUGGCUUUCACGUCUCCACGAUCAAUGAUGAUCAUACAGUUUUUCACGUUUCUUUGAACAUCUAUCCAUGGGAAUAUAUAUGAGGCUUCUCCUCUUUUACCGGCUCUGGUCAUGGAUCACCGAUGACCAGUUGCUCUGGAAAGUUCUAUUUGUAAUGCCAUUUCUGGCUUUCCUUUUUUUUUGUUGCUAUCAAUGCGUUGUUUUAUGGUUGUC